GGAUGCUGCAAGUCUCAACGGCCAGUUGCAAGACUCGACUCUUUUCGAGACACACACACACACGCACGCAGACACACACGAGAGAAACCUGUCGUGAUUCCAUCGCAUCGCCCUCCCAAAUUGAAACAUUUAAAGGACAUCAAACACAUUCAAGGAUAUUUCCAUUCAAAAAGAUUUUCAUCAGUGACGUUAGGAUUAUCCAUCCAGUGUUUUGUUCGGUGCGCGAGUGUAGAGGACAAGUUCCGUUUCACACAACAAAAAAAAACAAACAAAAAAACAAAAAACAAAAAGAGUGCCGCCAUCGACAAUGAUCUGAACGGACUCGGGACCAACAUAAUCCCCAUCACAUUACGGGGUGUGUGUGGGGGGGGGGUGUUGUGCGUGGGCCCACAAUCGGCCAGGACGUUGCAUCGGAAAGCGACUACGAUGAUGAAUCGCAAUCACGGCAAACGGGACUUUAUGUGCGAAAUGGAGGGCGAAAAGUACAGCCUGAGACCGCGUUCCAUCGCCAAACGUCUAGAGGUGGAACAGAAGCUCAAACAGCCCGUGCUGGCCAAACGGACGCCCAAGCCCAAACAGAAACCGGCGCCGCUGAGCAAGUACCGACGGAAGACGGCAAACGCACGCGAACGCACGCGCAUGAAGGAAAUCAACCAGGCAUUCGAAACGUUGAGACGGGCCAUUCCGGCAGCGGCCGAAUCGUCCAUCUCGCCUUACUCGCAUCACUCGGCAUCGUCCCCGUCCCCGUCUUCUUCUUCUUCUUCGUCGUCCAGCAGCGACCGUUCGUCGUGCGGCGGGGGAAACAGUUCGUCCAGCAGCUGCGAAAAGUGGACCAAAAUCACGACCCUGCGACUGGCCAUGGACUACAUCGAAGCGUUGACGAGGGUGCUGGAACACGACACCCUGCUCGUCAUGAACGACGACGACGGCUUCUGCUCCAGCGGACUGUUGAUAUCCGAUCGCGGCUCGUUGAGCAGCUUGGGCAGCAUCGGCAGCCACAGCAGCAACGGCGGCGAUCUGCUGUCCGACGACUUGGACUCGUUCGACGACAUACCCAACAUCGCAACGUCCGUCAUCAACGGCGUCGAUCAUUGCUGCGCAGACGACGACAUGGCGUUUGACAUUUUUCUAGAAUCCGACCACGGUGGCGACAGCCUUCACUGCGCAUUCCAUCACCACCCGGAGCUGGUCGGAGCAGACACACCUCAACCCAAUACACCUUGAUCUUAUUAUUUCUCUUUCCUCUCAAUCACGUCCGUCUGAUUUGGAAUUAUGUUAUCGAUAACAAAACAACAACAACAACAACAAAAAGAGCUUUUGCUGUGGCUACAUUGUCGUGUGCAUGCGACACGUCAUCGUUAUACCAAUUGUCUAGUCAAAUCGAAAUGACACCCGCUGUCGUUUUCCAACCCGCCCCGUGUGCCAGCACCGCAAACUGUUGGAUCAAUCCUUUCAUUGUCUACUUGACGUUCUUGCGAUUGUUUUCUAGAAGCGAAGAAAAAUGCCAGACAGAAAAAAAAAAAUGUCGCAAAUAAAGAUUGAAAAAAAAAAAAAUAAAUUGAAGGCAAAAAAAGAAAAAAAAAAUUUAAAUAAAUUGGAACAUAUCAAAUCCGGUGCUGAAUUUUUCGAAAAAAAAAAAAAAAAAAAAAAAAUUAAACAUUCCGUGAAUUGUUUGUUUGUUUUCCCUCUCUUCCCGAUUUGUUUGUGUAUCGCCUCUAAAAGAGUUUCGUUUUUUUUUUCAUAUCUGUCCCACUCCUGUGCAAGUUUCCUUCUAUUUUCUAGAAACAUGAUGAGACAUUAACCAGAAGCGCCGCGUCGGUUGUUGUUAGCCAAUCAUUGCAACGUGUUUGAAUCGCCACAGAAAGACACAAAAUUGCGAUUGAAAGUGAACAACGGAUUUCGUUAUCCAUCGCCAAUGUUGGAAACCCCUUUUAUACAAAUGCACAAACACGAAAUGUAGUGUGGCGUAUUCGUCAAAAAUAAAUAUGAAAAAAAUUAGAUCAAUGUCUCUUGUUGCUCCAUGCAAAAGUGUCGUUUGAAAUACAAAACAAAAAAUAUCACAGCCAUA